AAAGGGGAGGAGGAGAUGAGAAAGCACAACUAUAUAUAUUUGCAACUGUACACAGGGUUAGCAAAUGAUAGCUCUGCUUCAUUUCAGCUGUACAACAGGCAAUCAGCUUCCAGAAAAACCAUGAGAAAAAUCGUCUUCUGUGUCCUUGCCCUGAUGCUUUGGUCACAAGCUGUGGAUGCUUUGGUAUGUUAUAAUUGUCCCAAUGGAGGAGGCUGUACUACCACAACUACUUGCUCUGUUAAUCAAAACCAGUGCAUGACCAUAAUCAUUGCUCCAAAAGGAAUGCCACACCCGAGGAUUGCCAAGAGAUGCAGCUCAACGCACAAUUGUCGAAUGAUGAAUUCAAUGCCAGAAUCAGGUGUUCUUGCCAUUUGUUGUGGCUUUGACAGAUGCAACAAUUAGUGUUCAUUUUCAGCUGGAGACCACCUCAAUGAUUUCAUAGGCCUCAUUUCAUUGCAGCUGAUUUUGAUUUAUCUGAAAUUCAAGAGUGACGUGGAAUGUGGUGCUCAAUAAUACUGUCACUCAGUCCUGUGUGAAUGAGAAAACAAAUAAAAAUGUGUCACGCAUUCAUUGUA